UCGCUCCCUGUUUGCCGUGCCGUGCCGUGCCGGUGUCGGUGCCGGUGUCUCGGCGGCGGGGAUGGGGCGAUGGCGCGGGCGGCGCCGCGGGAGCUGUCCUUGGAGGAGGUGCUGAAGUGCUACGAGCAGCCGCUGAACGAGGAGCAGGCCUGGGCGCUCUGCUUCCAGAGCUGCCGAGCCGCCGCCGCUGCCGCCGCCCCCGCCGCCGCCCCGCUCCGCACCGCCGACAUCCGCCUCCGAGGAGACGGUACCGUCCGCCUGCCCCCGCCGCCGCCGCCGCCCGAUCUGCCUCUGCUGCUGACGCCCUCCGUGGAAGCCCAGAUGGUGCAGUCACUGGGCUUUGCCAUCUACCGGGCACUGGACUGGGGGCUGGAUGAGAAUGAGGAGCGGGAACUGAGCCCACGGCUGGAGCAGCUCAUCGACCUGAUGACCAACAGCGACUCAGAGGACAGUGGCUGCGGCACGGCAGAUGAAGGCUAUGGCGGGCAGGAGGAAGAGGAGGAGGCGGGUGAGGGGCCGCCACGCGCCGUCCGCACCUUCGGCCAGGCCAUGAGGUGCUGUGCCGCCCGCUUGGCAGACCCUGGCGAGGCACAGGCACACUACCAGGCUGUCUGCCGGGCGCUCUUCGCGGAAACUGUCGAGCUUAAAGCCUUCCUUGCCAAGAUCCGGGAUGCCAAGGAGAUGCUGGAGAAGCUGAAGGAGGAUGAGGAGGCAGAGGAGCGACGGGCAGCAGCAGAACUGGGCAGCCUGCGCAACACUGACUGGGCCCGGCUGUGGGUGCAGCUGAUGCGGGAGCUGCGGCACGGCGUGAAGCUCAAGAAGGUGCAGGAGAAGCAGUUCAACCCUCUGCCCACUGAGUACCAGCUCACCCCCUUCGAGAUGCUCAUGCAGGACAUCCGCGCCCGCAACUACAAACUCCGCAAGGUCAUGGUGGAUGGAGACAUCCCACCCCGGGUGAAGAAGGAUGCCCAUGAACUUAUCCUUGACUUUAUCCGCUCCCGACCACCACUGAAGCAGGCAUCAGAGAGGCGGCUGCGGCCCCUUCCCCAGAAGCAGAGAACACUCCAUGAGAAGAUCCUAGAGGAGAUCAGGCAGGAAAGGAAGCUUCGACCUGUAGAGAAGUCCUACCAUGGCCAGAAAGGCUACAGCUCCCUGCCCUGCAUUCCACAUGCCUGCUCAGACCACCUGGCCUCCAGCUCUUGUCUUGAGCUCUCCCGGUGCCCAGACAGCACCAUGCCAGCACGCCCACGUCCCCGUGUCCUGCUCAAGGCACCCACACUGGCUGAGAUGGAGGAGAUGAACAUCUCUGAGGAUGAGGACUCACCAGGCACAGAGGUGCCCCUGAAGCGGGAUCGUUCCUUCUCAGAGCAGGACCUGGCACAGCUGCAGAGCCAGCUGGGGGGUGGACAGGUUGCACCACCCGAGCCAGAGCCACUGCAGCCUGAGCCCCGACCGCGCUCAGGGUCUGUCCCUGCUAGCUGCCACCCGCUACGAGAUAGCUCUGCACUGCCUCGGGCUGCCCUUGGUGCCGUGGAGGAGAGGCCAGAGGAGGGAUCCAGCACUGCCCCUGGCACCAGCUCCAAGCACCUCUGGCUGCAGGAGUUCAGCCACCCCGUGGAGAGCCUGGCCCUCACCGUGGAGGAGAUGAUGAAUGUGCGCAGGGUGCUGGUCAAGGCCGAGAUGGAGAAGUUUCAGCAGAGCAAGGAGCUCUACAGCAGCCUGCGAAAGGGCAAGGUCUGCUGCUGCUGCAGGGCCAAGUUUCCCCUCUUCUCCUGGCCUGCAGCAUGCCUCUUCUGCAAGCGGUCUGUCUGUAGCUCCUGCAGCCUGAAGAUGAAGAUGCCUUCCAAGAAGCUGGCUCACAUCCCUGUCUAUGCUCUGGGCUUUGAGAGCCUCCCGGGCUCACUGCUGGCCAAAGCUCUGCCACUGCGGAGGAGAGAGACCUUCCACUCUCUCCAGAGUACGUCCUGGCGCCGAGUGGAAGAGGAGUUCCCCCACAUCUACGCCCAGGGCUCCGUCCUCCGCGAUGUCUGCACCGACUGCGCCGGCUUCGUCACCGAUGUCAUCUGCUCCAGCCGCCGCAGCGUGGCUGUCCUCAACGCUGCGCCACGCCGUGCCGCCAAGGCUCGCUCCCUCUACGGUGACUACUGGCACAAGUGAAGGACUCCAAUGUACAUACAUAUACAUAGGAUGUAUACAUACAGCUUCUAUAUUUAUAUACCUGACGGACCAGGGGAGGUGAGGACCAGUGGCAUGGCAGGAGAGCUGCUGUCCCCUCCUGGGGGGAUGGAUCUUGCUGCGGGGCACCCGCGGUGGCCAGCCUUUGCCUCCCAGCCCUGCUUUGUGCCAAGCCCUGGCAGGUGCUGGCCACGGCAGGGGCUGGCACAGCCACUCUGUACUUCCCCACCCCAGUUAAUAAAUCUGCUGGGCUGCCCUGGG